AUGGCGAGCAGCAAAAAUAUGAUUCAUCUUGGUCUUAUACUGCUAAUUGACUUUGUCAGUCUAUGUACUGGUAGACUCAUUCGAACAAAAGUAGCCAUUCUCGGAGGAGGAAUGGCCGGUGUGAUGGUUGCUCGUACUUUAUCAGAGAAGGGAAUUUCAGAUUUUCUAAUUAUUGAAGCAGAAUCUGUACUUGGUGGACGGAUGAAAGAAACAACAUUUGACAAAUAUACAAUUGAAUUAGGUGCUAAUUGGAUUGAAGGUAUUCGAAACCAUGAAACUGGAGAAGAAAAUCCAAUAUGGACAAUGGCGACAAAAUACAAUCUUACAAGUACUGCCACUGAUACUGAUGACUUAUUGACUUACGAUCAGAAUGGUCAAUUCAAUUAUUCAGAUGUCGUAGAUCAAGCAUUCGCUCAUUUUAAGCAGGUUUUAGAUGAUGCUACAAAACGAGAAGAAUCGAAUCUUGAAGAUCUAUCAUUUGCCGAAGGCCAAAGACUUCGAGGAUGGAUACCAACGACAUCGUAUGAAAAAGUAGCCGACUGGUGGGCAUUUGACUUUGAAUUUGCUGAUAGGCCGACUGCAUCAAGCAUGAUUCGGACUGCAGCUAAUGAAAAAGCAACUCACGGUCAACGGUUAGAGGAUGAUCAAUUUGUUACAGAUCAGCGUGGUUAUGCAUUUCUAGUACGUGAAGAAGCAAAAAGAAUUGCCACAAACAACAACAUUUUAUACAACAGUACUAUAACAACAAUCGAGUAUUCAAACAGUUCCGUAAAUAUUACAUUGAGAAAUGGUCUCAUCAUCUGGGCUGAUUAUGCUAUUUGUACAUUUUCAGUGGGCGUCCUUCAACACAAUGAUGUGCACUUUAUACCAGCAUUUCCAGCAUGGAAACAGGAAUCGAUUUUUUCUUUCAAAAUGGCAACAUAUACAAAAAUUUUUCUUCAAUUUCCUCAUAAAUUCUGGAGUAACGCGCAAUUCUUUUUAUACGCUGAUCCUUACCGACGAGGCUAUUAUCCACAAUGGCAGUCAUUGAGUGAAAUCGGAUUUUUCCCUGAUAGCAAUAUUUUAGUCGUCACUGUUGUUGCUGAUCAAGCUUUGAUUGUCGAAGCACAAAGUAAAAAUCAGACCUUGAUAGAAAUCAUGGAUGUAUUACGAUCUAUGAAUGGAAAAAAUAUUCCAGAGCCGAAUAACUUUUAUUAUUAUCGAUGGACAUUAGACCCACUUUAUCGUGGUUCUUAUAGCAAUUGGCCGACGGGCACUUCACUAUGUCAGCAUAAUAAUCUUGGCAGACCAAUUGGGCGACUUCGUUUCACUGGUGAAGCUUACUCGCAAGAAUACUACGGAUUUUUGCAUGGAGCAUAUCUAGAAGGACUGAAAAUAGGCAAAAAAGUAGCAGAUUACGUGUUGAACAAAACAUUUCGAACAGAUAAUCGAGAUUAUUCAUGUAAACAACAUUCAUCACGGGAGCAAAAGAGGAUAAUACUUUCUUUACUGUCAAAGUUAAAAAGUGGCAAGAAUUCUAAAGUCUCAAAAUUUGAAUUUUUACAGUCGAUUCAAAAUUCUCACGAUUUCAAACGUUGA